UAAACGCGUCAAAAUUCUGCAUAACAAAACAGCGAUAACAAAAUAUAAUAAUUGCGUAGCAAAUCACAGUGCUGAUAAAUUUAUUACAUUGGGGGCUGCAUUUUAAUGGAUUUCGUGUAUUGUGGCACCGGCCCGGAGAGAGAUGAUGAAAUUUUGACUACUGUAGGCGCAGCUGGGCAUUAUUCGCCCAGCUUUAACGGUUUCAAUAUAGGCACCACUGACCCAGACUAUGUCGAGCUGGUGCCCAUUUUGGCCGAUGGUGGUGAAAAUUAUGGCGUCUCUAGUGUGGCCUUCGACGACUACGAGGAGUUGCUAUGGAUGGGCAACCAAGGUGGGCAUGUUACUUCCUACUACACCAGCUCCUUGCAGAAGUACACAUCAUUCCAAGUACAUGUCAGCGACAUUGUGCGCCAGAUCACCACAACCGAUUCGGGUGUGUUGGUAUUGACACAGACCUCACUCCGGCACCAAAUUCGACGAGGUUUGCCGAAGUUCACGCACAAGUCCAAGAAUAUGGUGGAAAUGGUCUGUAUGCUCCAACUAUCGCCGCAUCGACUAGUUAUGGCUGGCCUGCAGGAGGAACUCAUUGAUUUCGAUAUGCGCACAUUGAAGGAAACACAACUGGAGCAUGUUGGCACUGCGGGAUGCACUGUGCUACGCAAAAAUUCGCGGUAUUUGUUCGCGGGCGAUCAAUUCGGCACAGUCACGUUGCGUGACUUGAACAGCUUGAGCGUAGAGCAUACGAUAAAAACGCACACAAAUAGCCUAUCUGACUUUGAUGUUCAGGGAAAUUAUCUCAUAUCGUGCGGCUACAGCGGACGCCAGAACAAUUUGGCCAUAGAUCGUUUCCUAAUGGUCUACGAUUUACGCAUGCUACGCCUGAUCUCACCCAUACAAAUCCUAAUUGAUCCACAGAUGUUGAAGUUCCUGCCUUCGCUCUCAUCUCGCCUAGCCGUUGUGUCGAGCUAUGGCCAGCUACAGUUAGUGGAUACCGUGGCGCUGAGCGAACCACGUGUUUCCAUGUAUCAAAUUAACACUAACGGUAGUCAGUGUCUGAGCUUCGACAUCAGUUCUUCCUCUCAGGCCAUGGCUUUUGGCGAUCAGUCGGGGCAUAUUAACACAAUUGCUUCGGUACAAACGCCGCAACCACAAUUCAAUGCCUUCUCGCGCAACACUGAAUUUGCGGAUGUCGUGCCACCACUACCCAUGGUGCCAAUUACAGACACCAACUUUCCAUUAUCGUCGGUGAUGUUGCCGCACCUAACGACUGGCACACGUUGGUUCUCUGACUGGCCCGAAGAGCUGUUGCGAUACGAAUAUCAUCGUCCGAAACCAAUAGAUUCGGAUGUGUUGAAUAACAUGAAAAUGCAAGGUCCCAUUGGCUAUUCGCCGAAUCCACGUACAGCGAGACGCAAUCAAAUACCCUACAUUAUUGAGCAGCCCGGCGCCUCCAAUGCAAAUGCCAAUGGCGCUGCAGCUACUACGAAAACAGAAAACGGCGUCAAAAUUAUACCAAGACGUUAUCGUAAAGUGGAGUUGAAAUAUACGAAAUUGGGCACACAGGACUUUGACUUCGAGCAGCACAAUCAAACGUGUUUUGCCGGUCUCGAGGCCACAUUACCUAACUCCUAUUGUAAUGCCAUGUUGCAGAUAUUGUAUUUCACGGUACCGUUACGCAACAAAUUAAUAACGCAUACAUGUUCCAAGGAGUUUUGUUUAUCCUGUGAGCUUGGAUUCCUCUUUCAUAUGCUAGAUAAAAGUACUGCUUCAACACCAUGCCAAGCGAGCAACUUUUUGCGUUCAUUCCGCACAGUGCCAGAGGCAUCAGCUUUAGGGCUAAUUCUAACAGAUCGGUCAUCAAAUGUUAAUCUGAUUAGUCUAAUACAGAACUGGAAUCGCUUUAUUUUGCAUCAAAUGCAUUAUGAAAAUUUUGACUCGGGCAAGAAUUUGGCACUCAACAGCUUGUACACUUCAAGUUAUGGUGAAAUAGCUCCAGCGGCAGACGAAAGUAGCAUGGCAAGUGAUAUUUUUGAAACAAUUGAUAUGCGAGCUGACGAUAAUGCCAAGGAAGAUGAACGUGAGCGCAGUAAAAUAAAUGAAGAAACUGAUAUAAGUAAAAUUUUCGGUACCAAACAAAUUUGCAUUAAUCGUUGCAUUAAAUGCCACGUAGAGAAAUCGAAGCAAAACAUUUUAUUGGCAUGCAAUUUGUCAUAUCCCACGAGUAUAAAAGAUACUGAGCAGCAGUUUAAUUUCGGUACAAUUUUGAAACGAUCGCUUAGCACCGAAAAGAGUAUUCAAGCAUUUUGCGAGAACUGCAAGAAAUUUUCGCCGACCAAUCAAAGCGUUAAGGUUACAUCGCUACCACAAAUAUUGGCAAUAAAUUGUGGGUUGAACAAUGACAAGGACAUCAAUUUCUUGAAACGCCAACUUAAUCGUUGCAAUGAAAAACCGUCCGCUGAGAUAACAUCUACACUGAGCACCAGCAAACCCUGUCGUUAUGGCAUCAAUUGCUCACGCAGUGAUUGCCACUUUAUGCAUCCAGAUCGAAAAUCGCCAUCGCACAGCGGUCAAACAAAUAACCCUAAUACUUCUCCGAACGGACGACAAAAAUCGUGGUUUCCAUUGGUAUUCAAUAUGGACAUUGACGAGAAAGGAGAAUUGCUUGUCCACACAGAAGCGAAUGCCACAAAGGUGGAACAAGAGGAUGAGGAGACUGCGACUGCAGCCACGGCCUCGGCUAAAGCGAUUGGUUCAAGCUCUAACAAGCGCACCUAUGCCCUCCAUGCCGUGGUCUGCCAAAUAGAUGAUGGUACCCAGAAAAAUUUGGUCUCAUUGAUAAAUGUGCAGCAACAAUAUCAUUCCAUGAAAUCACUUUGCAUGGAAACAACUGAAGAGCUGCAUCAAUGGUAUAUUUUUAAUGAUUUCAGCGUUUCACCCGUUGCCCCGCAAGAAUCAGUUUGGUUCACACUAGACUGGAAAGUGCCCUGUGUGCUCUUCUAUCGUAGUAUUGAUGAAAAUACUGAAGUUGCUGGCAGUCCAACCAAUGAAGGCACUUUACCUGAGGACGCCACUGCAAAGGAGGAGACGAAUAUUUUGACUAGUACUUCACUUUACAAUCCAUUCCUGCAGGACGUGCUUAACCCAUUGGUGGCCAGUAACUUCAGCACUGAUGCAACGUUGAAACCUUUACAAACGGAUGAAAUGCCGCAAUCGGGCGACUUGGUUGCAAUGGAUGCUGAAUUUGUAACAUUGAAUCCAGAGGAGAAUGAAAUACGUCCAGAUGGCAAAACAGCAACCAUUAAGCCAUGUCACAUGAGCGUGGCGCGCAUAUCGUGCAUUCGUGGACAAGGGGUGAAUGAAGGUGUUCCUUUUAUGGAUGACUACAUUUCGACACAGGAGAAGGUUGUCGAUUACCUGACACAGUUUUCAGGCAUAAAACCAGGCGAUUUAGAUGCAAAUUUUAGCAAGAAACGCCUAACGGCUCUAAAAUAUUCGUAUCAAAAGUUGAAAUUCUUGGUCGAUGUCGGCGUUAUAUUUGUGGGGCAUGGCCUAAAAAAUGAUUUCAGAGUUAUUAACAUUCAUGUACCGUCCGAGCAAAUAAUCGACACCGUACACCUUUUCCACCUGCCACAUCAGCGCAUGGUUUCCUUGCGUUUCUUGGCAUGGCAUUUCUUGGGCACGAAAAUACAAUCAGAAACCCACGAUUCUAUUGAGGAUGCCCGCACAACUCUGCAGCUUUACAAACACUAUCUUAAACUCCAGGCUGAUAAAAAGAUAACGACUGCACUGAAAACUCUUUAUGACCGUGGUAAGCAGCUACAAUGGAAGGUCCCCGAGGAUUAAUUUGAUCUAUGUUAUAAAAACAAAUUCAUAAUCAAAACUAAACACCGUUUGAAAAGUAAUCGUCAGUACAAAUGCAACACCGAUCCGUAAAAAAAUCAUAAAAUUUUAUAAUAUAAUUCUAAAUUCAACAAUGUCUCGAGUAACUUACAAAUAAACAGAGCAAUGUAUUUUGAUUAAUAAUAUUUAUUACGAAAGGAA